GUUUGGAGGUGUGUAAGAGGUUGAAACAGAUCAGGAGAAAAGGGGAGAAAUGCAGCUGAGGGAAGAAUACAUCCAGCUGGAGAAAUCCCCUUCAGUGGAUUCAUCAGGUCUACCAUUGCUGGAAUCUGAUCUUCCUCCACCAUGUUCAAAAAUAUUUGUUUGCCUUGUGUUAUUCUUUUCUCCUCAAAUCUCCUCAGUUUCAGAUGCAUUGCGGGCAGAGGAAUCUGUAAGAGGAGUUGUGGGAAGAGCGAUCACAAUCGAUUGUCACUAUGAAACACAUUACCACUCACAGGCAAAGUACUGGUGCCAUGGACGGACUCGUCAAUGUUCAGUUUUAGUGGAAACAAAAGGGCAACACGGACGGAGUGGACGAAUGUCAAUCACAGAUAAACAGAACCUGAGCAAGAAAAAAUUUACUGUUACUAUGGAGGAUCUUCACUCCGGAGAUACAGGAUGGUACAGCUGUGGAAUUACAACACCAGGGAACGAUCCGAUGUUUAAUGUUCAUCUACAAGUAUCUGAUGAACCCGUGUCCGUUCCUGUGCUUCGAUAUCUGUCACCAGCAAAGGUCUCGCGUCUCGGGGGCUCAGUGUCAGUUUCCUGUGAGUCCCUCCAGGGAUCCCUUCCCAUUCAGUACAGCUGGCAUGAACAAACCUCAUCUGGGUAUCGAAAGGUAUCAGGCACCAAUGAACUGGCUCUGCAUUGUCAAUCAUUCAACCAGCAGCACCAUCAAUAUUACUGCAGAGCCUCAAAUCGGCUUGGAGCAAAAUCCAGUGGAAUGGUUAAUGUGACAGUCUUCAACAACAGAGAGAUCUGCAGUUAUGUGACAGAAAUCAAUGGCACCAUUUCAGGUACUUUAUGGGCAGAAGAUAAAGCAAGAGGAGUUGUGGGAAGAGCGGUCACAAUCGAUUGUCACUAUGCACUAAUGUACCGUUCACACACAAAGUACUGGUACCCAAAGUCGGAUCACCAAUGGACAUUGUCAGUGAAUGCAAAUGGGCAAAAUGAGCUUCAUGGAAGAAUGACAAUCAGAGAUAACACAUCCCUGGGAAUAUUUACUGUUACUAUGGAGAAUCCUGUCCCUCAAGAUUCAGGAGCUUACCUAUGUGGAAUUACAACAUCAGGCAAUGAUCCAACCUUUGAGAUUGUUGUAGACAUUUCUAGCGAACCCCCAUCUGUUCCUUUGGUUCGAUUUUCACCACCAACAAGUGGCUUAAGUUGUGGGGACUGCAUGUCUGUGUCCUGCGAGUCUGUCAAUGGAUCCCUUCCCAUUCAGUACUCAUGGUAUGAAAAGACGCCAUCUGGGGAUUCAAAGAUCUCUGACACCAACAAACUGGAUCUACAUUGUCAAUCCUUAAAAUACAAAAAAUAUCUGUAUUAUUGCAAAGCCUCAAAUAAUCAAGGAGAAAAGUCCAGUGAAAUGGUCAACGUGUCCAUCUCCAAUAGUGUCAGCACCUGUAGAAAUGUGAUUGAAGUCAACAGCAUGGAGCCAAUUCAUUUCUCUGAAAAUACUGUGACAGAAACUAUGACAACUGCAAAAGGAGAACAAUCUUCAUCAAAUAAAAUGCUCAUUUACAUCAUUGUGCCUAGUGUCAUUGGGAUUCUGCUCAUAUUAUUUGUCGUUUGUCUGCUUUGCUACCUGAAGAGAAAAAACAGGGAAAUGAAGCCCAAAACAUCUCCCAGAAAAGGCAACAAUGGUACCCAGGAAAUGGCUACGUUGGAAAACAAUAUCGUUUAUUCAGAUCUACACCACGUCAGAAAGAAGCAGGGAACUGCCCAGAUGGUGAAAGAAGGAACCAGAAUUGUGUAUGCAGAAAUGAAGCCCAAAACAUCUCACAGAAAAGGCAACAAUGAUACCCAGGAAAUGGCUACGUUGGAAAACAAUAUCGUUUAUACAGAUCUACGCCACGUUGGAAAGAAGCAGGCAGCUGCCCAGUCAGCGAAAGAAGGAAAAGGAACUGUGUAUGCAGAAAUGAAGCCCAAAACUUCUCACAGAAAAGGCAACAAUAAAACCCAGAAAAUGGCCACGUUGGAAGAAAAUGUUGUUUAUACAGAUCUACACCAUAUUCGAAACAAACAGACAGCUGCCCACUCGGCAAAAGAAGGAACUGGAAUUGUGUAUGCAGGUGUGAAAUAUAAAAGGAAAUCAACAGCAGUCCACUCCGUUACUGAUGUGGAUAACAUCACCGAUGCAGAUAUCAAAUUUCAAACCCAUCGGGCAAAGCCCAAACAGAAAGCUUUCUCUCCUGCUACUCCACAGGAUGAGGAAUAAGCUUGAAAAAGUAGUUAUGUGGCUAGAUUGAGGCAUAAGAGUUAUGUUCUUUAUUCAGUUCACCUAUACACCUGCUUGUCAAUGAAAAUAUCUGAUCAGCCAGUCAUGUAACAACUCGAUGCAUAAAAGCAUGUAGAUAUGAACAAGAGGUUCAAUUGACAGUAAGUUAAAUAACAUUUGUUACAACAGAUGUUGCAGAAGAACACCUCUCAAUGCACAACACGCCGACACAUAUGCUUUCCUGCAUCGAAUUGCUGCCGCAUAACUGAUUUGGUAUUUACUCUGAUGAGCAGGUGCAAAGAUGUUCUGAAUGAAGUGGCCACUAAGUGUAACUCUUCUGCCUUAAUCUAUCCACAUAAUUACUUUGUCAAGCUUAUCCUGAUCUGCUUCUUUCACAAACCUAUUCAAGAAACUGAGUAGAGAUAGCCCAGGAAAUUAUAGACCAGUGAGUCUUACCUCAGUGGUUGAUAACUUGAUGGAGAAGAUCCUGAGAGGCAGGAUUUAUGAACAUUUGGAGAGGCAUAAUAUGAUUAGGAAUAGUCAGCAUGGCUUUGACAGGGGCAAGUUAUACCUUAUGAGCCUGAUUGCGUAUUUUGAGGAUGUGACUAAACACAUUGAUGAAGGAAGAGCAGUAGUUGUAGUUGAUAUGGAUUUCAGCAAGACAUGUGAUAAGGUACCCCAUGCAAGGAUUAUUGAGAAAGUAGGAGUUAUGGAAUCCAAGGGGACAUUGCUUUGUGGAUCCAGAACUGGCUUGCCCACAGAAGGCAAAGAGUGGUUGUAGAUGGGUCAUAUUCUGCAUGGAAGUCAGUCACCAGUGGAGAGCCUCAGGGAUCUGUUCUGGAACCCUUACUUUUCGUGAUUUUUAUAAAUGACCUGAAUGAGGAAGUGGAGGGAUGGGUUAGUAAGUUUGCUGAUGACACAAAGCUUGGAGGUGUUGUGGAUAGUGUGGAGGGCUGUCAGAGGUUACAGUGGGACAUUGAUAGGAUGCAAAACUAUGCUGAGAAGUGGCAGAUGGAAUUCAACCCAGAUAAGUGUGAGGUGGUUCAUUUUGGUAGGUCAGAUAUGAUGGCAGAAUAUAGUAUUAGUGGUAAGACUCUUGGCGGUGUGGAGGAUCAGAGGGAUCUUGGGGUCCGAGUCCAUAGGACGCUCAAAACAACUGCGCAGGUUGACUGUCAUUAAGAAGGCGUACGGUGCAUUGGCCGACAUCAAUCGUGGAAUCAAAUUUAGGACCCGAGAGUAUUGUGCUGUAGGUUUUCUAUGUUUCUAUGUAAACCCUGCUUUCCAGUUCCUCUCCAUUGGCAAUGAGGGUCUAAGUCUAGAUCAUCUCUGUGUGACUACCCAUUACGCUGCUGUGUCUGGGGCAGCAGUGCAGGUCCUCCAUCUCUGGUGGUGUUCAGGGUUUCCUUCAUCAUGUCAGUAGCUUCCUCUCAGUUUUUUCUGCUGGUAGUCAUGCAAAUCCUGGGCAGAGGUUCGAGAAUACCAUCACACUCAGAUAUAGAGGGAAUCUUCAUUGCUGUUUCUGUAACAAUUUUGUUUUACCAGUCAAGGUUGUUAGUCCUGAUCUGAAGCUGGAGGACUGGUGGAUCAUUUUAAGUCUGGUCUGGCCCAAUUGAUUUGAUGACAGAGUGAGCUUUGUAGAGGUCGGGGAAGAAAUUUUUUUUUAAGGAGCAUUUUGCUGGGCUGGGCGCAUUAGCAGCGGACCAAUUGAUUCAAAGAAAGAGAGAUAGAUCUUUGCACAGAUCAAGGAGGAAAGUUUAAAAAAGGAGUGUCUCAUGAGAUUGAUGCAUUAGAAUACUGGAUAUGACUGUGAGACCCGUUUUCUGUUUUGGGUAUCGGCUGUGGGAUGUCCAUGAGACUUCCAGCCUCCCUGACAGCUACAUCUGCACCAGUUGUAUUGAGACGCAGCACCAUGGGGACCAAGUUGGGGACUGGAGCUGCAGCUCGAUGACCUUUAGCUUGUUAGGGAGAGAGAGGAAAGAUUGACAGGAGCUUUAAGCAGGUAGUCACCCCAGGGUCACAGGAGACAGAUAAGUGGGUGACCUUCAGUAGGGGGAAGGAAGGGCAUCAGGUAGUGGACAGCACUCCUGUGGCUGUCCACAUUUUUGAGUGCUGUUGGGGGGAGCGACCUACCUGGGAAAAGCAACAGUGGCCGUGCCUCUGGCUCUGAGUCUGGCCCUGUGGCUCAGAAGGGUAGGGAACGGAAGAGGUGGUCAGCGGUAACAGGGGACUCUAUAUUUAGCGGACAGAUAGGCAACUCUGUGGACAUGAAAAAGAAACAAGGAUAAUCGUUUUCUUCCCAGGUGUCAGGGCUCGUGAUGUUUCAGACCGCGUCCACAAUAUGCUGAAAUAGAAGGGUGAGCAGCCAGAGGUCGUGGUGCAUAUUGGUAUCAACGACAUAAGUAGAAAAAGGGUAGAGGUCCUCAAACCAGAAUAUAGGGAGUUAGGAAGUAAGUUGAGAAGCAGGACCUCAAAGGUAGUGAUCUCGGGAUUGCUGCCUGUACCACACGACAGUGAGUAUAGGAAUCAAAUGAGGUGGAGGAUAAAUGUAUGGCUGAAAGAUUGUACGGAGGACAGGAAUCCAGAUAUUAGAAAUUGGAGUGUGGAUCAAUACGUGGAACUGUGAUGUUGUGGCCAUUAUAUAAACGUGGUUGUCUCAGGAGUAGGAAUGGCUGCUGAGUGUGCUGGACUUUAGAUGUUUCAAAAAGAACAGAAAGGGAGGCAGAAGAGGUUGGGGGUGUGGCGUUGCUCAUAAGGGGAAAUGUCACGACUGCAGAAAAGGGGGAAGUCAUUGAGGGAUGGUCUACUGUCAGUGUGGGUAGAAGUCAGAAACAGGAAAGGGGCAAUAACUCUACUGGGUUUUUUAAAAGACCCUCAAAUAGUAACAGUGACAUUGAGGAGCAGACAGGGAGGCAGAUUCUGGAACACUGGGCAACAUGAGAGGAUACAGGUUAGAUGUCGGGGUAAGUUUUUAAGCAGAGAGUGGUGACCGCAUAGAAUGGGCUGCCAGCAAAGGCGAUGGAUAGGAUAUGAUAGGAUCUUUUAAGUGAUUCCUGGAUAGGUACAUGGAGCUUAGGAAAAUAGAGGGCUAUGGGUAAUCCUAGGUAAUUUCUAAAGAAGUACAUGUUCAGCACGGCUGUACAUUUUCUAUCUUUUCUAAUAAUGAUAGGGUUGUUGUGACAGGAAAUUUUAACUAUCCAAAUAUUGACUGGCAUCUCCUUAUUACAAGGGGUUUUGAUGAGGUAGAGUUUGUAAGGUGUGUUCAGGGAAGGUUUCCUGUCGCAAUAUGGAGAUAAGCCAACUAGAGGAGAGGCUAUACUUGAUCUGGUAUUGGGAAAUGAACCUGGUCAGGUGUCAGAUCUCUCGAUGGGGAGCAUUUUGGAGAUAGUGACACGCAACCCUAUCGCCUUCACCAUAGCGCUGGAGAGGUAUAGGAGCGGACAAUUUGGGAAAACAUUUAAUUGGGGAUGGGGGAAAUAUGAUGCUAUUAGGCUGGAACUUGGGAGCAUAAAUUGGGAGCAGAUGUUCUCAGAGAAAUGCACAGUAGAAAUGUGGCAAAUGUUCAGGUCACAUUUGCAUGGAGUACUGCAUAGGUAUGUUCCAUUGAGGCAGGAAAAGGAUGGUAGAGUUCAGGAAAAUUAAAAAAAGCUUGGGAGGAUGACCUAAAUUGUCAGAUUUGUGAUGAAAGAUGGAAUAAAAUUCUUAAACGGGUUAAUAAAUCAUCUUUCUGUGCCUGUCAUUCUCUUCUACAAUUUAAAGUGGUUCAUAGAGCUUACAUUUCUAAACAGAAACUGUCCAGUUUUUAUCCAAACGUUUCUCCAUGUAAUACAUGCAACUCUGCUGAUGCCUCUUUAAUUCAUAUGUUUUGGUUUUGCCCUAAAAUUGAAAAGUUUUGGCGGGAAGUAUUCCAUAGCUUCUCACAGCUUUUUAGAGUCCAAUUUGACCCAAAUCCCCUUACAGCUUUGUUUGGUAUUAAUGCAAAUGAAGAUAUAACUUUAAAUACUCCAAACCUACAGGUUUAAUUUUUACCUCUCUUUUAGCAAGGAGAGCAAUGUUGCUUAAAUGGAAGGAGUCUACCCCUCCUACACAUCUUCAAUGGCUACAUGAUAUUAUGUCUUUUUUAAAUUUAGAGAAGAUCCGCUGCUCAGUCUUAAAUUCUAAACACUCUUUUUAUGAUAUCUGGGGACCUUUCCUAAAUUACUUUUCCAAUUUAUAAAGUUUAACAGUGCACAGACUUUUAUGUAUAUUUCUAUCUUCUCUUCUUAAGCAAAUAUUUUUUUUUCUAAUUAUCCAUUAUCAUCCAUCAGCUUUUUUCUUUGGUAGUUGGUAGGGGGUUGACAUUUUUAUAUAAAAAAAUUAUUUUAUGA